AUGAUAUCAUCGUUAGUCCACUUCUUAUUGGUCAUCCAGUCGAUUGAAUUAGUCGGAGAAUCUAAUAAACUAGAUGAUUAUAGUGAUAAAAUUAUUGUCGAGGGAUUAGAGAAACAGAUAAAUGAUUUUGACGCAAUGAAAGCUAUUCUGAUUAAUGAUAUUUUCAAGGAUGAGGAAAAUUUAAAAGUCAUCUUGAGCGUUCGAGACCAAAUGGGUGGUCCGAAGUCUCUUCGUGGAACUAGUAUCAAUACAGAAGUCAGCAGAAAGUUUAAAAUGAGAAUGGAUGAGAGAAGUAUCCAUUUGUCAAGAGAUAUCAAUACGGUUGCCAGUGUGGACGCAUCGAAAAUGAAAAGAAAGAAAAUGCGGGAGAAUUCUAAAACUGCCCCCGAAGUGAGCUCAUCCUAUCCAGUCACAUCGAAAUAUAACGAUUGCUUGAAGGUAUUAAAUCCAAACCUGAACAUGAUAUCAUAG